UUCAUUCGUGGGGCCUUUCACAGAGGAAGAAAAAAAAGAAGGGGGAAAAAAAAGCCAUUGCAGCUUCCAGCGAUUCUGAAAUCCAUUUUCUUUCCCUGAUUCAAAACAAAAAUAAAAAAGAUGGCGUUCAAGAAAACCCUAGCUGAGCGCCUCUUCAAAAUCUCCAGAAUCUCGACCACCCAGUCGCUCACCAACUGCCGGAUCUCGUCCUCCGCCACUGUCCGCAGCCGGAUACCGCAGAGCAAGCCCGGCAUUGCUCCCGAUCCCGGAGACAAUGCCGGAUUCCGCCGCUUGUUCCACCGCAGGGCUGCGGCGGCGGCGACGGCGGAGCGUCCUUCGGCGAAGCCGUUUCAGGUCGGCGGGGGGGGCGGCCUGAUGGAGAAGCUCAGGGCGUUCGACAUUGUCCGAGACCGGGUCCGAUUGGACGGGCUCGUCCCUCCUCCGCCGGUGGUUGAGGAGUCGGAAUCGGAGUCGCCGGCGAAGACCACGACGGCGGCGGCGGACGGGCUGACGGUCGAUGACGCGAGAAAGCUGCUGCGUGUGGCGCGAUUGGAGAUGGUCAAAUCGAAGCUGAGAGACACGGGAAGGAACUGGAUGCCGCGAUCCGAGUUCGUUCGGAUCUGCGGUGAAGUUUGUUCGGAUCCGGAUGAGGCGAGCCGGGUCGCCCGGACGCUGGACGAGUCCGGAACCGUUAUCGUCUUGGGAGAUGCAGUGUUCCUAAAACCAAAAGCGAGAAGGAACCCACCCCAUAGCUCUGUCUCUCUGUUUCCACAGUGACAAAGAUUGAUUCUUUUUUCCAUCUGAUUAAUAUGGUCUUAAUAAGGCUUGAUUGGGUUCCCACUUUCGAAUCCAAUCAAGCCUUACUAUAACCAUUUUGGAUCAACUAAUAGCUUGAAAAUCGUUUCGGGGUGGGGGAUGAAAGGGUUAGAACAGGUUCUAUUAUAAAUAUGAAACAGGGGAAUAUUUGGAUAGGGUUAUGAUUUGGCGAAGAUAUAUAAAAUUUGAUCGCAUAGUAUAAUCUAGCAGAGUAAGAAACCAAAUGGGUCCUUAUUAGAUUAGGAUUUGGUUCCUCUUAUGUUCAGACCAUGUAGAUAUCAAUCUGGAGAAGGGGAUUAAACUAGGAUAUGGAAAAGGGUUAGGGUUUGAGAGAUUGGAAAAGGAAAACAGAGUGUUAUUAUUUAGAGGUUAGUGGUCUAGUGGAUGUGUGUGUUGUUAGGCAUAUGAAUAGUUGAAGAAAAGAACAAGAAAAAAGGGGGUGUUCUAAGAUUUCAUCUUAGAAAAAGUCUAGGGAAAGAAAGAUGGAAUUAGGAGGAGUUGGUAUCCAAUUAGAAUCACGAUUAAUCAUUCUUUAGUUCUCUUAUUCGUAUGCUUUAUUAUUCUUGAUUUCCAGCACUCAUCUUGCCUGAUUGGCUCUAUUCUAUGGUGGGAUUUAGCCUGAAAAGCCCAUAUGAUCAUUUGUUAUCCUUGCUUUUCUUUUCUAAUUUUCAUUUCAAGACACCCUUGGUUAUUCAUUUACACAUUCAUCACUUGUUCUUCAUAAAAGAAAGAGCAACACAGCACAAUAAAAAAAACAGAUAAACAUUGUCAAGAUGCUCAUGCUGAUAUCAAAAUGAUGAUACAUGGAUGGAGCAAGCCUUUACCCCAACCACAUGGGAAUUUUCUUUGUUUGUGAUCCAUUACAGGUAGUGAAAGCCAUUGGAGGCCUAAUCCCAUUCCCAGCAACAGACCCAAACGACCCGAGGAAGAAGGAGCUGGACAGCUUGGAGCAGCGGAAAGCCCUGAUCGACCAAAAGGCGAUCGCCCAAGUCAGGCGAGAGCUCUGGGGCGGCCUGGGAUACCUGGUGAUCCAGACCGCCGCCUUCAUGAGGCUGACAUUCUGGGAGCUAUCUUGGGACGUCAUGGAGCCCAUCUGCUUCUAUGUCACUUCAGUGUACGUCAUGGCUGGCUAUGCGUUCUUCCUCAGGACCUCGAGGGAGCCCACGUUCGAAGGGUUCUUCCAGAGCCGGUUCCUCGCGAAGCAGAGGAAGCUGAUGAAGGCUCAGAAGUUCGAUCUCGAUAGGUACAACGAGCUCCGAAAGAUCUGUUACCCGUUUACCGACGAAGAAGAGGUUGAAAGUCCGGGUAUCUCGUUCUCGAGCAGUCGUCCUGAGUUUGAUGGUAAAGUUGGGAAAGUCUGUUGAUCUUGAAGGGGCGGGUAUGUGGGGUUUGUGUUUUUCUUUUUCUUUUUUACUUAACAAAAGAAAUUGAAAAGAAGAAGAAAGAAAGAAAGAAACUAACAGCUAUUACUGUUAUGAAACAGAACGAAACCACAAUUUUGUGACGACCUAGAAUCCCUUUUUUCCCACCCUUUCAAAACCAACCUCCUUCCUACCUGACAUGAUGACCCUUUAGAAUGUAGUUUGCGGGAAACCCUGUAACAAAGUGAAGAGUGUUUUCUUUUCUUAUUGAUGAAAUAUAUGAUCAGAAGCAAAGCUUUCUUGAUGGCAAAAUAUCAUUGUCAGACUAUCAGUGUUCCUUGCCCCCCAAGUUUCUUUUCUUGUUCG